AAAAUUUAACAGACUGCCUACUCAGAAAGGCACAAAUUGAAUUAGGAGAAAUCUUUAUUUAAAAACCUUUAGAUUUUAAGUUCACAGUUCUUCGAGUAAGUAGAGAAAGCCUCAAUGGAUCCAGUUCUGUUGCUGGUGUUCUGUCUCUCCUGCUGCCUUCUCCUUUUUCUCUGGAAACAGAAUACCAGGAAAGGAAAGCUUCCCCCUGGCCCUACUCCUCUCCCAAUUAUUGGAAAUAUCUUACAGAUAGAUGUCAAGGAUAUUUGCAAAUCCCUGAGCAAUCUCUCAAAAGCCUAUGGCCCUGUGUUUACUGUGUAUUUUGGCAUGAAGCCUGUUGUGGUCUUGUAUGGAUAUGAAGCAGUGAAGGAAGCAGUGGUAGACCUGGGAGAAGAGUUUGCUGGAAGAGGCGAUACCCCAAUAUUUGAAAAACUUAAUGAAGGAAAUGUUGGAAUAGUGCUUAGCGCUGGAAAAAAAUGGAAGGAACUCAGACGCUUCUCUCUCAUGGCCCUACGCGAUUUGGGGAUGGGGAAGAAGAGCAUUGAGGACAGAGUCCAAGAGGAAGCCCACUGCCUUGUGGAGGAGUUGAGAAAAACCAAUGCUUCACCUUGUGAUCCUACUUUUAUCCUGGGAUGUGCUCCAUGCAAUGUGAUCUGCUCCAUCAUUUUCCAGAAUCGCUUUGAAUAUACAGAUCAAAUUUUUCUAGACAUGGUGAGAAGAUUUAAUGAAAAUAGUGAAGUUCUGAGCUCUCCAUGGGUUCAGAUCUGCAAUAUGUUUCCUAUUCUGCUUGAUUAUUGCCCAGGAAUUUAUAAGAAAGUAGUUAAAAAUGUUGUUCAUUUUAAAAGUUAUAUUAUGGAGAAAAUUAAGGAACAUCAAGUGUCCUUGGACAUUAAUAAUCCACGGGACUUUAUUGAUUGUUUCCUGAUCAAAAUGGAGCAGACAAAACAGAAUCAAGAUCGGGUGUUUUUGUUAGAAAACUUGGUGAUCACUGCAUUGGAUCUAUUUGGAGCUGGGACAGAGACAACAAGUACCACCCUGAGAUUUGCUUUGCUCCUGCUGCUAAAGCACCCAGAUGUCACAGCUAAAGCCCAGGAAGAGAUUGAGCGUGUGAUUGGCAGACACAGGAGGCCCUGCAUGCAGGACAGGAGCAGUAUGCCCUACAUGGAUGCCUUGGUGCAUGAAGUCCAGAGAUAUAUUGACCUUCUUCCUAACAGUUUGCCUCAUGCAGUGACCCGGGACAUUAAAUUCAGAAAUUACUUUAUCCCCAAGGACACUACCAUAUUAAUAUCACUGACUUCAGUCCUGCACGAUGACAAAGAAUUUCCAAAACCAAAGGUGUUUGACCCUGCUCAUUUCCUGGAUAAGAGUGGCAAUUUUAAGAAAAGUGACUAUUUCAUGGCUUUUUCAACAGGAAAACGAGUAUGUGCUGGAGAGAGUCUGGCUCGCAUGGAGCUGUUUUUAUUUCUCACCACCAUUUUACAGAAUUUCAACUUGAAGCCUGUGGUUGACCCCAAGGACAUUGACACUACUCCAAGUUCCAAUGGAUUUGUUUCUGUACCCCCUAACUACAAAAUCUGCUUCAUUCCUGUAUGAAGAACAAGAGACUAUGUGGGUUUUGCUGUGCUAUUGUCUUUAACUUCUGAUCACCUGGGUUGUUUACCUCUUCAGUAUUUCCUAAAAUUGCCUCGUAUAUUGCCCCAUUUUCAUUAAUUCAUUAUUUCAAUUUCAUUAUUUCAAGAAACUUCGAUUAAACUUCCAUUAAAACAGCA